CCACCCACCCACCCACCCCGCCGCGAGGGCCGAGACCGAGAGGCAGAGGGCAGAGGCGGCUAUGGAGGUGGCCGUGCCCAGCCGCGUCGCGCUCUCCGCGAGACGGCUCUCCGGCUCCGGCCACCACCACCACCACGCGGUGGCAGGAGAAAUAUAUUCCAUUUACAGGGGAAGGUGCCCAAACCCUGCCAUUCCUAUGGCUCUGGCAGCAGCUGCACCAGGCAAAGGUGGUGGUGUGCUUGAUCGGCCAAUAGAGAAAGUUACUCCUGGCCGCCAGUCUGAAUUCGAUGUGAAAAAAUCCCGAAAAAUGUCACCUCCAUACCGUGUGCUCCUCCACAACGACAACUACAACAGGCGCGAGUAUGUCGUCCAAGUCCUGAUGAAAGUCAUACCCGGGAUGACCGUCGACAACGCCGUCAACAUCAUGCAGGAGGCUCAUGUAAACGGAUUGUCAGUUGUGAUCAUCUGCUCUCAGUUGGAGGCAGAGGAGCACUGCACGUCGCUCAGGGGCAAUGGCCUCCGGAGCUCGAUUGAACCCGCGAGUGGUGGCUGCUGAAGGAAAGCUCUGCUGUUUUGGUGCUUAUAGCUUUGUAGAUAGCCCCCUCAAAAUCUAGAUAAACCGCAAUGAAAUUACAGUCAAAACUGCUGUCAUCAGGAUGAACACGGUGUAUACCGCUUUUGCAGAUGUAAAUCAUGUAAGUCACGUAGACAAACAUAGCUCUUUUUUUCUGGGGUAUGAAAUAUUGGUUACAUACUUGUACAUCUGGAGCCCUACUACUGCCAGCAUACUGCAAUUUUUGAGGUUACUAACUGCUACUUCUAGCCUAA